CACGUGCUUGUACACUGAGAGGAGGGAACAGAAAAAGAAAAAAGCAACACAUAAAGUUUCUCUUAACUGUUUUAAUGCACCAUGAACAGCCGCCUGCAAGAAAUUCGAGAAAGGCAGAAACUGAGACGGCAACUUCUGGCCCAGCAGCUGGGAGCUGAAAAUGCAGACAGUAUCGGUGCUGUACUGAACAGCAAAGAUGAACAGAAAGAGAUUGAGGAGACUAGGGAGACCUGCAGGGCUUCAUUUGAUGCAUCUGUUGGAAGUGCUAAGCGUAAGUGCCAAGCAGAAGGAGACGAUGCAGAAGAAGACAUAGAGGAGCAGAAAGAUGAAGUAGAGCAGCAGCAACCUGAUGAAAAUGCACCAUAUGAAGAAGUUUACAAAGAUUCCAGUACAUUUUUAAAGGGAACUCAAAGCUUGAAUCCACACAAUGACUACUGCCAGCAUUUUGUGGACACUGGUCACAGACCACAAAACUUUAUCAGGGAUGUUGGUCUUGCUGACCGGUUUGAGGAGUACCCCAAACUCAGGGAGCUGAUAAGGCUCAAAGAUGAACUGAUUGCAGCAACAAACACUCCUCCCAUGUAUCUACAGGCAGACCUGGAGACUUUUGAUUUACGUGAACUGAAGUGCAAAUUUGAUGUGAUUCUACUUGAACCUCCUUUGGAGGAGUACUAUCGGGAGUCUGGAAUUAUUGCAAACGAGAAGUUCUGGACAUGGGAUGAUAUAAUGAAGCUGGAGAUUGAGGAGGUAUCUGCCUUGAGAUCCUUUGUUUUCCUGUGGUGUGGAUCUGGAGAGGGCCUCGAUCUUGGCAGGAUGUGCCUGCGUAAAUGGGGCUUCCGAAGAUGCGAAGACAUUUGCUGGAUCAAGACCAACAAGAAUAAUCCCGGGAAAACAAAAACUCUGGACCCCAAAGCUGUUUUCCAGAGAACAAAAGAGCAUUGCCUGAUGGGGAUCAAAGGGACGGUGAGGCGCAGCACAGACGGUGACUUCAUCCACGCCAAUGUGGACAUCGACCUGAUCAUCACCGAGGAGCCCGAGAUCGGCAACAUUGAGAAGCCAGUGGAGAUCUUCCACAUCAUCGAGCACUUCUGCCUCGGUCGGAGGCGGCUCCAUCUGUUUGGGAGGGACAGCACCAUUCGGCCAGGCUGGAUCACGGUGGGCCCCACGUUGACCAACAGCAACUUCAAUGCCGAGACGUAUGCCUCCCACUUUACAGCACCCAACUCCCACCUAUCGGGCUGCACUGAGGAGAUUGAGCGACUGCGGCCCAAGUCACCUCCUCCAAAGACAAAGUCGGACCGUGGUGGCGGGGCUCCCAGGGGAGGCCGGGGGGGACCCUCAGCGGGUCGUGGGGACCGAGGCCGCGAGCGCAACAGACCCAACUUCCGUGGCGACCGGGGUGGUUUCCGGGGCCGUGGUGGGCCCCACCGAGGCUUUCCUCCUCGCUAGGCAUGCUUUCGGACAGCACUAUUGCUCCUGAUCCCUGAUGGAUUGGCCUGUUUGCAGAGAGAGGACCAGGAAGGCUCAAGUACCUCAUGGAUACUUUGGUAGCGCUUGGUUAAUUAGCCACUGGACAGCAUUGUGUCUGUUCGUGGAUAAGCUCAGUAAUUCUGGAACUAUUCUGAGUAUUAAAACUCAAACAUUUUUAAUAUAUUUUUUAUACACAAGUCUAGAUGAAAUGUUUUU